AUGAAGUGCCGAGGAGCUUCGGCGGACCGCACCUCGCCGUACUUCCCUACCUUUCUUGGGCUUCCAGCUGAUACCAAUGGUGGACCUACACCAGUAGCCCUCUCUGUCUCUUCUGCCCCCCGAAGAAGUGAGGGCGAAGACGACGAAGCUGCCUCUGGAUCCUCUUCGUGCGUCGAUUCUUCAGUCUCCACGACCUCUGGAAGAGGGGACACGCGGGUGCCCACAGGUGAAGAUGAGGUUCCAAAUGCCGAGCCCCAGCAGGCCCCUCAGUCCCUGGAGCCGACGGUGGCUGCGUCCCUAGCGCCUGCACUGUCUCCAACAGGGGACGGGGAGGCGGCGCUCUCAUAUCCUUCGCCUCUCGAGAUUCCCAGCAUAGGAUGCAGCGACGACAGCCGGCGCGUGUGCCUCGAUAACGAGGACGGGUUGGCGGAGGAAUCAGCAGGACCAGUGGAAGAGGGGGGUGACGCCGAGCGCGAUAAGCUGUCCUGCCGAGAGGAAGAAGAACUGAGCCCGUCAAGAGCCUUCCCUCACCUGUCCCCGCGCGUGGGCGAUGAAGCCAGAGCAGACGAAACCGGAGGGGACUCUCUGUACAUUGCUGUGUCCUCCAUUACAAGCAUCGGCCCAGACCGAGACAGCAGCUCUGAUCUUCCGUCUCUCCCGGAAGAUGAAUCGCGGACGGCUGCUUCGGCCCCUGGCGGCUCGGGCUCUCUUGCGUGCUCUUCUUCCUUGGAGACGCGACGAAAGGAACAGGCUACCCGGGAGAUGUCGCGCCUCCCGGUUAACGCCGACGCUGGUGUCUCCAGCGCCGUUCCGAAGAUGUCCCUGGAGCCCCACGCGCUUGCAGCUGUUGAACCUGAUGCCGGCGUUGGGUUUGGAGCUCAAGAGAAACUCGGUGGGGCGAAGGCGGGAGGGUUCGCUACGUCUGCAUCGGCGCCACAGGCGGAAAGCAGUGGGAGUGAGAGCAGUGGUAAGGACGAAGGGUGCCUGCUUGUCUCCGGCCACAGCAAACGCAGAGGCGGUCUCGUUUCUCAGAAUCGGCGGUCGUCGCGUGUCGCCCUUUCUGCUGUAGAUGAUACAACGCCUCCCCAGUCGCUGGCGUGGUGGACAGUGUGUUGGCCUCCGUCCGAAGAGACAGGCAACGCGUUCUUGGGCGUCGCCUCUAAUGUGGCAUCUGGGGGUGUCUCCAACGGCGCGAGCUGCACGCACUUGCCGCGCCUUCUCGAAGGCCUUCGUGGACCACCUUUUGGGGCUGGAGAGACAGGAGACGCCCGAGAGGAGUUGAGAAGCUUAGCCCCGGCUCUCGCGCCGGAUGCCGAGGUGAACGACGGCCAGAGAGCGCCAGGCGGCGAACGAGGUGGAGGCGCGAAUGUGACGGGGGACAGAGCCGAAGAGAGCGACAUGCUUUUCCCAUGUGGCAAUGGGGUUCCCGGCUCUGACGACGCACUCGGACCUGUCCCUUUCUCGUUCUGUCCGUCGUCUCGCACAGACGAGAAACCCGAAUCGCAGAGGGACACGUCACCGCCGGCAAGGCGGUCGCUGUCGCCCCCCUCCCGCUGGCUCCAGCAUCUCGAGGACCAACUCAGCGUGGAAAUUCCGCCGCCAGAGUGGGUGCGGGAUCCUCGCUCUCGGCGGCCGCGACUGGUGUCGGACGCCUUGUGGGCGCGGCCACCCCACGACAGAGAUAGACCUCCCACCUCUUCCCCCUGCCCUGGAGGCCCUCGCGACGAGCCUGGAGGGGACGAUUCCGUCGCGCCUUCGUUUGGAGCCACGGAAGGGGCAGAGACAGCCCCAGUCCCUGCGAGGCGGCGACGGGGGCGCUCUGCGCCCAAGGCCAGGCGCUUCCCAGGGUCGGAUGCCUUGGCUGCCUUCGACAGCGGAGGCGAGGCAGUCGGGCGACCCUUUGAGCCUUGCCGCUUUCCUUCCCGUUCACCUUUCUCGUCGUACCCGGACGUCUCCCGUCUCCCUCUCUGCGGCCGCGCCGACGACGAAAGACGCGCUGACGGGUCAAUGUCCCCACCCUUCAGCCGGGAGGGCGACGCCUGCAGGUUUCAGAGAAACUCGGCCUGGGGCGCGGGAGGGGAAGUCGAUCGGGGCCCGCCGCCGCCCUGGCGUGACGCGGCGGCCGGGGUGGGCUCCACCGAGACCAGGAGCCGUGGAGGGGCCGCGCGCGGGGCGUUCCCGCGGUCGCGGCGAGAUGUCCCCGCCCAGCCGCCCUUUCCCGCCGACAGCCCGCCCCUAACCGUUCGCGAUUUGGUUGCCCCCCGCAUCGGGACUUGCGACUGCGGCCCCGCGAGCGCCUGUCGGAUGUGCCAGCGAACGAAACGCGGGCUUCCGUCAUCGUCCUCGGCGGCUCGGCGCGAGUCUGCUGCUGCGUUUGCGGCUGCAGCCGAUGAACUCCUCAUCGUCGAGGGCCUGCCACCAGGCAGCUACACUCCGACGGCCUUGGGGACUCUGGGGACGAGGGACGUGUCUCUGGGCUUUGUCGAGCGUUUCCUAGGGAGCCUGCUGGGGGGCGACGCGCGCCUGGGCGACCUCACAGGGCCGGGCUUUCAUAUCGCCUGGAUGGCCUACCACUUUCUCCGGAGACUCUCGGCGGGUAAUCGCCACCUUACCUGGGGAGGUUCCGCGCUCCCCAAGGGCACUGGGGCUGCCUUCGCCCUCGGGCCACACGACCCCCACGGGCCUUCCGGCAAGGGGGGCAAGGGAGGCCCCGGCGGCUCAGGCCGGGCAGGGACCCACCUGCCGUCUUGGACGGAGCGAGGGCGACGACCGGCGCCUGCCUGUGGGGCGAAAGGCGAGGGAGCUAAGAGCUUGGGGCUGCUGCCAGAGAGAGACGCGGGCGCGAGGACGCAGCCAAAGGGGUUUCAGCUCAAACAGCGAGACGGGCCAGUUCGCCCCGUGAAGCCACACGGCGGAUACCGAGAGAAAGACACGGCUGGCCUGGCUUCGAGCGGGAAGCGAGGGGAGGUGGGGUCUUGUGGAUCAAAGCGAGAGCCAGCUGAGAGAAGCGGCGAGGGAGACACCGCGGGACUGGAGGGCGGCGGAAAGAAGAGUGCAUUGCUCCUCAGUGCUUCCGCGUGUCUCGUCAGUCCGACCUUUGUCGGCACCACGGCCGCAGAGAAAAUCGGCCCACUGAACGAAGCGACGCCAAGCGAAGACAGCAAUGCAAAGGAGAAAGCUGGAAAGGGACGCGCCAUGAGCCCGGCUGACCGGGGAGCAAACGAUCGGACAAAAGGAGACCUGGGAACCCGGGCUCCGCCGUGGCAAACAAACUUUGGCUUCGUCGACAGCGAGUGGCCUCGAUUCGUUUGUGGAACGAUCGACCGACGGUACGUCCAGAGGCAGAAAGAUGUCUUCGAAAAAACAGACAAGUGGGCGCUGCAACAGUGCGACUUGAGCGUUAGCGUGAAUCUGGAGCCUUCGCCGCGCCCGCCACCCCCGCCAGCUGUGUCCAGCGCGCGGGGGUCACGUGGGAGUUCGAGUGGAAAACCCCGAAGCAGUCCCUCGGCAGGCGGGGGCAGAGACUCUGGCCGUUCCGGCUCGUCUCCCGCUUCAUCUACGCCUCCUCUCCCGGACUCGGCGCCUGAGGCCGGAGGAGGCACCCGGGAGAAAACCGAGGACGGCGAGCGGACCGCGAAGGGUGGGACUGCCUCCCCAGCGCACAUGUCUUCUCGGGCUUCUAGCCCCAAUCCUCUGGCGGGCGUGGAAGCCAGCAAACCGUCUCCCGCUGCCUCGAGUGUCUCGAGGCGAGGCUCGACUACUUCGUCUUCGUCGCUGGGUCAGCCGGCGCCGCCGUCUUCGGCGUCGCCCUCGCCUCGCGGAGGCGGCUCGCGCCCCUCGUCGCCUCGCGGGUCUUCUGCGCCGGCGGACUCGGUGGCCGCCCGAGGCGACAGCGGAGAGAAACAAAAGGGCGCCGGAACGCGCGACGAGAAGAAGAAGAGGAGAGGCUCUCUGCCAGGGAAGGACAGCGCAGGUCGAAGCUCGGGGAGCACCGCGACGCUCGGCUAUGAAGUCGCCGUCCAGUUCGAGGAGUUUCCGCUCUCGGCUGCGGAGUGGAUGUGGCCGGAGCCUCUCCAGCUUCCGGCAGCCCUUGCGCCUGGUCUGGCGGUUCAAGUCGCCGUUGAAGUCCGCGGGCGCUUUGCCCUCUGGUGGGUUGACGCGGUUGUCGAAAGUGUUUCUGCCGAUGGACUGCGCUGUCGCCUGACAACUGACGAAGGGUGUCUCCGCUCGCCUUCGUCGGAGAGGACACGCGACCGUGCCACGGCCUCGACUCGCGCAGGAGACAGCUGCUCGGCGCUUGCGGGCGAGGGCCCUGAGCGCCCAAGUGAUUCUCCCCUUCUCGGGAAUUCGAAGAAGCGCGCGAGACCAGAGGCUGGCGAACAGAGGCAACUGUCCUCUAGCCUCUCACCGCUUUCUCUCGUGAAACGGGAGAAGAAACAGGACGAGAGCGAAGGACACGGAGGAGAAAGCCCCAAAGUGAGAACAGACGAGACAGGGGGAAAAGGACACGGGGCAGACCAGGAGGACCAUGAAGGGACGCGAGUGCCGAGUAGCGAAGAAAACGGCAACCCGAGAGGACACUGUGGACAGGGCUCUGCGGAAGGAGGGCUGGCAUCGUGUCACGACAGUGAAACAAAUCUGUCGACGUUGACGGCGGAUGCUGUGGACACGGAGAAAGGAAUCGAAACAGACGCACCUCAGGCAGAUCUCAAGGGUGACGGCUUGGCGUCUCCAGAGGCAGUCCGCGUGGACCAGGCUGCGAAUGCGCGACUUCUGGAGGGCGCUCGAGGUUCCUCUGUUUCGUCGAGUUCGCCCUUCUCAGCUGACAGUUGCCACUCUCUGAAGGUCGACUCGCAAAACGGAGCGCCGAACGCGGGAGAGGCAGAGAGGGAUGGAAGAACGAGGGAAGAAGAGACAGGGGAAGAGGAAGACGAAGCCUGUGGACGGCGUGUCAAGCGCGCAAAGAGAGAAGUGUCGCCCAGCAUCGAGGCUGACGGCCCACGUGUGUCGCUCACCGGAGUCGAUCCGGGACGAGAAAGAGAGAUGAGAGGAACUGAGACCGGCAAGGAAGGAGAAGAUGAGGGGAAAGCGGACGACGCCAUGUCUGGAGACGACGGAGCUAGAAACGCCCCUGACACACGUCGAGCGAAACAAAAAAGCUCCAGCCGAACGCCACUGGCACGCGGAAGAACGGGAAAGAGUGCUGGAGGCAAAUGCGCGUUUCUCGAGCGGCUGAAGGUCCCGCACACGUGCCACAUUCGCAACUUUUCAGCCCCGCAAGUGCCUGCGGCAGCGCCCCUGCCGCGGAGCUGGCGUCUUCGGCCGCGCCCGUUGGAUCCCGAGAAGGACUUACACCCGGGGGCGGUUCUGUGUCUCUCUGCAUCGGCUGCGUCGCUGUCUCUGGGCCUGUCGUCGCAUCAGCACUCGCAGCAGCCUUCGCCGCCUUUCUUCAUGAGGGACGCGGUUGUCCAUCGCGUCUUUUUCGGCUCAGAUCGCCCCUCGUUUUCCCGAAACAGCGCGAGUCGCGCCUCCGACGAAGACUGCGGAGAUGCCAGGAAGCCGUGCGUCGGAGGGAGCGGCGCAGCGAAAGAGCAGCAGGAACAACCCAUCGGCGUAGGCCCCGUGAAGGCCGAGUGUCUGUCCGAGGAGAGAGACGGGCGGGCCGAGGUCGAAAACCCAACGCGUUCAUCUCGAGAAGGAAACGAGGCCAGAACGGGAAGCGAGGGAGGCAGCGACGAGGCCGGAGACCAUUCGACACCGUUGCGGGCGAAGAAACAUUCGGAAGGAAAGGUCGAAGCCGAUCCCUGCCAAGGGCGACGUCAGCGCGAGGAACGGGGAGACCUACGGGAUAGCGGAAACGCCCUGCUUCGUGGGCCCGAGGGAAAAGGAGUCCAGAACGACGAAGGUGUUGAGGCCGCCUCGGGGAUGGAAGGUCCGGAAACGCAUGUGAAUGUCGCCAAAUCGAAUGGAUCUAUUGAGAACCUAUCGGUGCCAGCGAUGCAUGUCGAGUCAGAGACUGGGUCUGGGAUCGAGCGGAAGUCCUCGACACCGGACCUCGUCAAUCUCGCGAGCUCACGGUUGGGUGUUUCCCCUCCGCCCCGCUCCCAAGAGUUUCCUCGCCCCGUCGAGGAAGGCAGAAGCGAGGCAGAGAACGCCUGGCUGCCUUUGACGGCGUCUCGCGCCGCGGACGCUUCCCACCUCCAGACUGGGCCUCCCGCCACUCGGAAAGCGACGCGGUCCCUGUGCGUGCCGGAGCGUCGCCUCGGGCCAGGCGACGGCCAGGCGGGGUCACCUCAUGUGUCUCGUGUCCCCCUCGGCGAAGGCAGGAGAGAGAAAGAGUCCAGUCAGUCACGGCGGGGCACAGGAGGGGCUGGGCCGGAAGGGGCGGCCGUCGGGAGGAGGGACAGGAAACCCGACGAAGAGAGCGAGAAGGCUAGCGAGAGCCGUUCGGAGCUCAGUGCGAUGUCCCAAGUCGCGUGCUAUGAUGGAGUUCGACCUGCCGAACGGGUGACGUACGUCCAUCUCUACUUCCCGUACGGGAACCAGCAACGAAUCGUGAGCGUCGAGCAGCUGCUGAAAUUUUCGUGCUACCGAAUGCCGUACGAUCUGCACGCUCACUUCCCGCCCGAGAGCACUCAGACGGUCCUUCGACAGGCACAUGACUUCCUCUGGGCGAUUCCACGGGCGCUGCCUCUCGUGCCGGCGCUGACGCGAGCAAAACGCGAGGCGGGGGCUCCCGGCAGUUCCAAGGCAAGUGCGUGGGCUCGUGGAGACAAAGUGGCAGCCUCUCGAGCAUUGCCGGGCGGGCUUGGUGAACCUGGGGCUUCUCCUCGCGCUGCGCCUCGUAGCGGCCAGGACAUGGCAGACAAAGAUGUUUGGGACGAGGCGACGAAGGCGCCCACGCGGGAGUGGAAGGAAUCGCCCCCGUUCUGCGUGGUGUACGCUGCGUUGGAGGACAGCCCCUUUCGCGUUCCCCAGCAUCUCCAACUGGUGCAGCUGCUUCAGCCAGAACUCGAUUUCGACGCUCUCCUACGGGACGUGUGGAGCCUGCGGUUUCCUCAGUGGAAACCCCCGGCGAGAGUUCCCAGCACGCUGGAACGACCUCUCGGUUUCGCCCACCCUUCCUCGUCUCCUUUCCCCUGCCUGCUUCAUCACCCCUCGGAGGGGCCUCCGCCGCUGUGGGCUCUCACGGUGUCCCUUCCGGCUUGGCGUCGCCUAGGCAGAUGGAAUCCGUACCCGAUGGAUUUGAGUGCGGCUUCGAGUCCUCAAGUCUCUCCGGCGCAUGGGCCGCAAGAAGCCGAUGGGAAACCGACCCACACCCAGAACUCUCAGGCGGCAGGUUCCGAAGCCUGCAGUGACGCCAGACAGCCCCCGAAAGAACAGGCUGCCGCCGAAGAACAGCCUCGCGGCGUUUCGUCUUCGGCCGUCACCAAAGGGGAAAUCGACCUUCUGAGAAGCGGAAGCUCGGCGGCCGGGUCGACACCUGCGGGCAGACUUCUUGGAACUCAGUCGCGAUCUCGCCCGGGAAGCCAGGGCCAGGAACUGGGACUUGAAGAGGCUGAAUCAGGCCACAGCCGCAGUCAGGCGCCGCGUGCUUCGGCGGCGUCUCUCCCAUCCCCACCAGCGUCUUCCUCUCUUUUGUCGCGAGACGAGGGGGGGCCAGCGUGUGGAGACGCAGCACAGCUCGAAUCGGAGUUGGACAACCUUUUCGCCUCCGGGAUGCUGCCGUGGGCAAACGUCGAGACCCUGGAAGGAGCGCACGUCGACGCCUCUGGCCGCUGGACAGCCUCCGCGCUCUAUCUGUAUGAGAAGCUUCUUUUCGCGAGAUGGGCACAACGCGAGCGGAUGGACGUCUUGGGCGACGAGGCGUGCAUGCGCUUUACGGCGCCGUAUCGGAAUGCCACCGAGGACAUUGCCGAGCCCACGCGUUCCAUGUGGGGCGCGUUUGCUCUCCCGUGCGAUUUCCAUGAAAACGAGACGGGCCCUGAGUCGGCGAGCGAGCCGUCGGGGUUUUCGUCUCUCGACCAAAACCUGCAUGCCGACCCACACCUGCGAUUCCCGCUCUCGCCCGAAGCGUCUCCAAAGGGUGAGAAGCCUGCGCGCCAGGCGCUCCAGAGUCGCCCAACUUCCCAGACUGGACUCGGCUGCUCAGAGCGGCGAGCUGCACGCCUAGCGAGACCGGCCACGAAACCGGAAGGCCCCGGCACGCGCGCUGUACCCGAGAACCCUCGAGCAGGCGGCCUUACACGGAAAACCUCCCCCGGAGCUGCUCCGACCUGGAUUGGCGACGGUGGACUUGCGUUCUCGCGGAGACCGCGGCCCACAAGAGCCACUGCCGGCCUUUCUUUCCUGGAUCGCGAGCGGGCAGAGAACAUCGUGAAUGGAGCGUACGGACAGUCCCAGCAGCCGCAGGGCGGGCUUGUUCGCAUUGUCCGAGACCCCGAACCGCCACACCCCAUCUUUUGGGACACGGAAACGGACGAACCGCCGAGCCGGCGGCCGUCGAUGGACAGCGCGAUGCCCGACUCAGACUCGGGUCCUUCCGGAAACGAGACUGGCGGCAGACGGGCAGAAAGUGCUGCGUUUGAAAACGGCGAGAGUGGAAAACCGGAGGGCGGCGACCCGCAGCCGCGUGGCUCAAGACGCGCCGAUGCGCGAUCUGCCGCAGCUGUGGACAAACGGGAGACCCCGAUGCCUGCGCUCGCUGGUCUCACGUCCGAGACAGUCCGCUGCAAGAGACCCCUGCCGGAUCAAGGCGCCUCGGGGGCGGCGGGGACGGUACCGCCCCACGCUCCCGCCAACACAAAGGUUGCUCGGCAUCAGCUCGCGUUCGAUAGCUCGCCAAAGAGUGGUCAUGCUUCGCCGAUGAGCGCUGCGACGUGUGACAGGGGCAGUAGAGAAGCUGGAAAGUCUCCCCACGACCUUCGCGAGGAUUCCAAGGCCGCACCCGCCGGGCAGCAAACGCUUCCCCCGAGACCGAGCUCCCGCGCCGCUGAAAAGCCGGCGAAAACGGCAAGUGCGGCGACUGGCCAGGACGGCGAGAAGGGGGCGAGUGGCGACAAGGCAGCGUGGAACGACGGUGUAGCGAGUAAAACGCUGUCUACGCGCAGGCGGCCAGAGUGUGCCCGCAGGUCUGGCGACGCACAUACUGCCACGUCACGGGCUUCUCCCCAGCAACCCUGCCGGCACACCGUAGCCACAAAGACAGCCGACCCGACCAGGAAAAGUGCGACAGAGGGGAUAACGGUGUCCGCAUGCACAAAGGGAAAAUCAGCAGCAGACGCUCGCGGGACACGGAAGGGGAGUGAGGCCGGAAUGGAGCGCAGCCAACGUAGCACUUCACAGAUGCGCGGAUAA